CUGCUUCGCCAUUUUCCCGCCCGCGUUUGAAAAAAGGAAAAACUUCCUCUUUUGGUCCUAGGGUUUGCCUCUUCGCCCAAUAUUCGUAGUAUCACAUUUCCGAAUUCUCUGUCUUCACCGUUUAUGACCUCAAACAUAGCCAGAAAAUGACUACUUCCAUGGAGAUUACUACGGAAAACCCCACAGAGGCCCACAUUUCAAUAACAAAUGGCGUCUCACAGCUACCAGCCCUUUCUCCCAUUCCCGCCCAGGAAAAAUUUAUCGUUUCUGUUGAAGUUUGCUUAAAACCCUCGAGCACAGCUCGUGUUGAAGAUGUUCGCUCUGCUGUUGAAAGAAUGCUCGAAAAGAGGAGUUUAAGCUAUACUGAUGGACCUAUUCCACUACCUGAUGAUGAAACCUUUCUUGCACAAAAUGUACAAAGAAUCCAUAUUUGUGAUACGGAUGAAUGGACAAAGAACCAUGAUAUUCUGUUGUUUUGGCAAGUCAAACCUAUUGUACAUGUCUUUCAGCUUAGUGAGGAAGGGCCAUGUGAGGAAUUAAGUGGGGAUGGCCAACUUUCUAGCUUCAAUGAAUGGAUUUUGCCUGCAAAGGAAUUUGAUGGCAUGUGGGAAAGCCUAAUUUAUGAAUCUGGUCUCAAGCAAAGGUUAUUGCGUUAUGCAGCAAGUGCACUGCUCUUCACUGAGAAGGGUGUUGAUCCUUUUCUUGUGUCAUGGAACCGGAUUAUUCUUUUACAUGGACCUCCAGGGACUGGAAAAACAUCCUUAUGUAAAGCAUUGGCUCAAAAACUAUCAAUACGAUUUAAAUCCAGAUAUCCUCAGUGCCAAUUGGUUGAAGUCAAUGCUCAUUCUUUAUUUAGCAAAUGGUUCUCUGAAAGUGGCAAGCUGGUUGCAAAACUUUUCCAGAAAAUUCAAGAAAUGGUGGAGGAAGAAAACAAUCUAGUUUUUGUUUUGAUUGAUGAAGUUGAAAGCCUUGCGGCAGCAAGAAAAGCUGCUUUGUCUGGUUCUGAACCUUCUGAUACUAUUCGAGUUGUCAAUGCACUGUUAACCCAGUUGGACAAAUUGAAAUGCUCACCAAAUGUGGUUAUUCUGACUACCUCCAAUAUAACUGCUGCUAUAGAUAUUGCAUUUGUGGAUCGAGCUGAUAUCAAAGCCUAUGUUGGUCCUCCAACUCUUCAAGCUCGUUAUGAAAUUCUAAGAUCCUGCUUGCAGGAACUUAUGCGAACUGGAAUAAUAUCAAAUUUACAGGACUCUGACCAGCUCAUGCUUCCAAAUUAUUCAACCUUGAAAGAGAAACGGAAUGCACCUGAUGGACCAGAAGCUCAGAUACCAGUAAACUUGUGUGAACAAUUGCUUGAAGCUGCCCAGGCAUGUGAGGGCCUAAGUGGAAGAUCGUUAAGAAAACUUCCAUUUUUGGCACACGCUGCACUUUCAAAUCCAUAUUGUUGCGACCCUAGUAAGUUCUUGUCAACAAUGUUGGACACAGCAAGGAGGGAGCGUUCCGAGCUGCCUGACUGAAUGGUUGCCCAUGUAAAUUGUAAAAGAAAAACGCGUUCAAUGCUAAUGUGAAAGAAGCCUUUUCUUUAUGCCACUCAUGUCCGUCUUGUUUGAGGAUGAGAUUCCUGUUGCAGUGAUUCGUAACUGGAGAUGGUUAGUCUGUGGAUGGUAUAUAUCUUUUGUACCUAUAGUUCUCUUGGACACUAGUGCCAACAAUUGUAGAAACUUUUUUUUUUCACCUAUACAAUUAUUAUUUUACUAGAAAAAAAAAAACUGUCAUGUGAAAGUAAUUUUGGAUUUUAUGCUUUCAUGUCUAUUAAGAAAAUGUUCAUUUUACUGA